CUUGUCCAUGCCAUGCCGGUUGGGCUUCGCUAUCUUUCUGUCCGUCUUUUUACGGAUGCAGCCUGUCUUAUUUGUGUCUACCUACAUUUCUUUUCACCCACAAGGCCAUACCCUUACUAUCAACGUCUCACGUUCUUCAGGAUAUUCAGACCAUUUGCCAAGAGUAGCAGCCAGAGAUGGAGUGAUAAUUUGGAGCAGGACUGCUUCGGGCUCUUGGGCUUCAAGCUCCAUUCGAUGCUCAGACAUUCACAGUCCAAGGCCUUGGCUGCUGCUGCCAGGACUCCAGGACUCGGCCUCGUCUGCUGGGCCGUGCGGCUUUUUGCAAGCACUAAUUAUUGUUACCCAACAUCCAGGGUCAAGGACUUGGUACCCCAACUUUAAGGAUUCCAGCAGGGCGAGAAAACAGAGAGAGAAUAGAGUCACCGCUCGGGCUGGCGUGCUCACUGCUGUAGGCUAGCCGUGUCAAUGUCAUCCAUCAUGUCAUCCCCGAUGGAUCUUGGAAACAAGCACCAGGAUUGCUGCAGGCUAUCGGGUAAGGGCAAGAAAGGGUCCAGUCCUCCCCUCCAUCAAUGGUCUUUCGAUCAAUACGGAUACCUGCCCGGAAAACAAGACUCAGCCAAGGAUAGAUGCCUUCCGACUGCAUCAGCCCGACGGCAACUGCUUCGAACUUUUCGGAAGAGACGGCUCAUCAUCUGCUCCCUGCCUCGUCUUCGUCUUCGUCGCUACUUUCGUCCUCUCCCCAUUCCUCCCUUUGUCGAAUCUCUGUCUCGUCUCGUCUGGGCAACCAUCCCACAUCGACAUCCACACGACAUCCACAGAACAUCAGAAACCCUCCGAAUGCAUCUGAUUGGGUCCUGGCA